CGAAAAUGGCGACAUAAGUUUGAAGCGGUAGAUGUGACUUUGAAGAUUUGAACUUGUAUUGAUGUAGCCCCUGUAGUUGAACCGUCAUUGAGAGAGAUCAGGAUGUCGCAGUACAACAACUACGGACAAGAUGGCUACGGGUAUGAGAUGAGCGAGAAGGAACGACCAUGGCCCUCCCAAUCAGGCAGUCUCUCCGGCAGCCACCCCAGUCUCUACUCCUUCUAUACCCCGUCCACUUCCACGUACAUCCUGCCCAUUGCCCAGGAGCUUCCCGAUCUACACAAGAAGACCCCAGACUACAUGGGUUUUGCCAUCUGCUCCCUCAUAAUGAACCCUAUCUUUGGUAUCCUGGCAAUUUUAGCAUCAGAAAGAUCCAAGGACUACUACUUCAGAUGUAAAUAUAUCAAGGCCAGACAAUAUGGACAAUUUGCCAAAGGAUUUGCUCUCGGGGGAAUCAUUGUAACAAUAAUCAUGUGGAUAUUAGUGAUUGCAUCAAUUUGCAAUUAUUACAGACGAUUUAAUGUCUGGUAAUUUCUUUUACUUUUUUCUUAAUCCUUUUUUUUCCCCCUGCCUUGGAAGAGUGUAUUAUAACAUUGGAAGAGACCUCUUUCACAUCACAUAAUAUUGCAUUGUGCAUCUUGUGCAUCAUCAUAAACACACAACUACUGAAGUAUAUACUGGGUGGGGCUCACUUCAUAGAAACUGUGAAAGAAGGUUUAUAGAAUACAGAAAUUCAUCCAAACUUCGGGAAAUCCUUCGCGAGUGCAGUGGCUGUGAGUUCAGCUCAUGCUGGCUUCCUCUCUGGCCAUUAGUGGGAAGGUCUGGCCGUUAGUGGGAAGGUCAUGGGUUUCCUCCAGGCUCUGUUUCCUCCCACCAUAAUGCUGGCUGUCGUUGUAUAAGUGAAAUAUUCUUGAGUAUGGUGUAAAACACCAAUGAAAUAAAUAAAUAAAUAAAUAAAAUCCUUUGCCAUUUUUUAUUGUUGAUAGGAAAUCAAACUUUUUUAAUCAGAAAAUGUAUUACAGUUUAAAGCUUGGAAAGAUUCGGACACGAAGACCACAUUUUAGAAAUUCUAUGUCGAAUGCUUUUAGCAUGACCUUCUGCUAAGUUUUUAUGGCCCAGUAUAUGACAUUAUAUUGUAUACCAAUCCAGAGUGCUUGAGUGUAAUAAAUGAUAUUUUGUAUUACAUGUGUAAAUCAAGAUUAAAAUUGUACAACUACAUGUGGGAUGCAUUGUAUGUGUGGUAUUUAUACACACAAGAAAAUGUAAAUGGGGAAGUCUUUAUUUUGGGUGAAAACCUAAAUUUUAGAACCCAAUUGUAGGAACUUCCCUUUAGGCUUAACUAAUGAUAAAAUCCUGAUUGUGUAAAAUUUGUUAAGCAAUCCUGUUAAUGAACUCAUCAGCAUGUUUGUGUGAUAAUGUUGUUGUUACAACAAUGUACUUGUCUAUAGUAAUGCUCUUAAGUUAAGAAUGUGUUAAACUUUCUUUUGGAUGGACAAUAUUCGGCCAGUGUUAGUAUUUCUCUGAAUUUGUGCUGCUUUCUCAUCUACGCAUAUCCAACCAUGUAUCAUCUAGGACAUCUGCUUUUCAUUUUAGUGAUGCUUUUUGUACAGUGAAUUGCUUUCAACCACAAAGAUUAUCAUUUCAAGUGAACAAGUGUGCCUUCUUAGAUGAAUGAAGUUGUGAGAGUGCUUGCGGUCUAUUUUGAUAGAGGUAUAAUAUCAAAACAUGGUUAUGGUACUUUUUAUAAGCUGACAUUUUUAGUGACACAAGCUUUUCUUUCCCAUAUUUUAUGAUCAUAUUAGCUCCAGUCCAAUUUUCAUAAUUCAUUUGUUUCUGUAAUUUGAUGGUACUGGCUGGAAGAUUAUUUUCAACCAUCCAUGCCAUACCAUCCACCUUACCACAGCAAAGCCAUACAUUUAUACGUGGAAUAGUAAAUAAAUUCAUUUGUUUAUAUGUUAAUUAGAGAGAAGUGUUUAUAUGCUGUGUAUUAAAAUGUUUAUUUUUCUUUAUUAUUUUUUUUUUACUUCAACCAUUUCCGUCAUAGCCUCUUAAAAUUUAAUUCUUGUAAUACAAGUUAGAACAUAGUAUUAUCCCUUAUACUAACUUGUAAUAA